ACUAACCACCAGGGGAAGACUAAAGCCUUUACGAUCGAUUAACCUUAACCCCUGCAUCAUUGAAGAGAUCUGUACGAACUAUUUAUAUUUAAUAUAUCUUCACACUUUCAUAAAAGAGAGUGCACCAGACUAUCGCUGUAAUUGAAUACAUUAGUCCAUUGUUAUACGUACUACUUUAUUUCCGGUCGACACGGAAGCUUUCCUCGCUGUGUACUGCUGUCAACAUGGCGGUGAAUCUCACUGAAUUGGCUCUUCCACAAUUAGAGGGUUUGAAAACUCAGCUUGACCAGGAAACAGAGUUCCUGUCAUCAUCCAUAGGUCAGCUAAAGGUAGUUCAAACAAAAUAUGUGGAGGCAAAAGACAGUUUGAAUGUUCUUACUAAGAAUAAUGAAGGAAAAGAACUGCUUGUCCCUCUCACCAGUUCUAUGUAUGUACCUGGAAAGCUGCAUGAUGUAGACAAUGUCUUAGUAGAUAUUGGAACAGGUUACUUUGUAGAGAAGAGAGUAGAGGAUGGGAAAGAGUUCUUUAAACGUAAAAUUGACUUUCUUACAAAGCAAAUUGAGAAAAUUCAGCCUGCCCUUCAAGAAAAACAUGGAAUGAAACAAGCUGUGGUGGAAGUUAUGAACAUGAAGCUGCAGCAACUGCACAGCCAACAAGCAUCACAGUCUGCCACCAUCAAAGCCUAAAAACAGUUAUGAGCACCAGUAUGGAAAAAUCACAGCAGAUUGUGUGAGAAUUUAUACGGUAUCAGUCCAAUCUGCAAACGUGAGACAGGAAAUUGCUGCUUUGAUGUCACAUUCACCUGGAAGAAUGUCCAGCCGUUGCUUGCGUUAAACAACUUUCACCUUAUUCUUUUCAACAUUUUCAUGUUUGGUAAACAUACAAACUUUGGCCUGGCAUGUGGUCCUAUGCAUACAGCCUCCCAAGACUUGGAUUGUUUUCAGAGAUUCUCUUUUUGUGCAAAAUUAAAUUUUAGUAUAAAAAAUACGAUACAAAUAUUUAGAUCAGACAAUUGGCUCAAGAUAAUGUCCUAAACGUGUAUUUGUAGUAUUUACUUGUACCUGCAUUCACUACAUUUAUUUCCCUGUGACUCAAAGCAAUACAAAUCAGAAAUGACUUGCUUUCUUCUGAACAGUCCUCAGCAGAAAAAAUGACGGCCUAUCAACAACUUUGUAACUACUGUUUGAGUAAAAUCUUUCCUUGUUGGGGAUGAAUAAAUUGAACAUUAACAUUUUAAAACCCUA